AUGAAUUUUGCAGUAAAUGUCAACAUUCAUCAAACAGGGAAAAUAUGAAACAACUGUAGGAGUGUUAUAAUCUAGGGGUUUUAUGGCUGUGUACAUUCAAUAAAUAACAGCAAUAUAAACCUGUUAAAUAUAAGCUUAUUCCAGUAAAAGUAGAAAAUAAAUAAUUUUUACUUGAAAUGAAAAAUACUAGUGUUGCACAUAGGCUACAAAUAGACAGUAAUGUCCUUUUAAAUAAGAGUCAAAACAGGAUGCUGUGGCACUCAGUUUUGUGAUAGGUGAACAGAUUAAAAUUAUGUACAGCCAUUAAUUCUGUGUAAAUAAGUAAGAACAACAAAAUUGGGACCCAUCAUUUACACCUUCUGUGCACUUGUUUUGAAUUUAUAAAUAUACAACACAUUCAUUAAUAUUUUCAGAUUCACGGUACAUUUCAGAGUAAUUAGUAUUUGAGGAAUGUCGGAGUAUAUUUGAUGUAUAUUAUUCUCAGUGGCAAAAAGCUAGAAAGGAGUAGUUUCAUUUUCAGCUGUGUGAACGGGAAGAUUUCAGAUUUUUUUCGCUGUAAAUGUAGGAAUCCUUUUCCUUCAUGCACCCUUACAUUUGCUGUUCUGUUUAUUCCAGGUAGUGUGAACUGAUGAAGGUCCAUGGUGCUUUGAAAAUCUUAGCUUCUUACAUAAUAUUCUAGGAGUGCUGGUUAGAAUCUUGUUUCUAUCACUUGAAAUGAAUGAACAGAUCACUUUUUACUAUAUUAAAAGAGACUUUAAAUAACAGAAACAAAAUCAGAGCAGGCAAGAAUACUAUCUGAACUGAAUCCCAGUUUAAAGAUAAUAGCUUCAGAAACUAGUGUGAUUGAAGAAUAUGGUACUAUACUUUUAAGUUGAACUUUGAAGUACUGAUCAGGCUUGAGAGUUGGCUGCUGUAGCAGGUAACUGUAUUUGGUGACCUAAGUGUCUAGACUUCCUAAAACUAAUCCUUUUUUUCUGUUGAAACAAAUGCAAGAAGCACAUUUGUUGUGCUUAAUUGCUGAUUUCUGUCACACAGUCAAGUAAGAAAGAAAACCAGCUGUAGCACUGUGGUAAUGUAGGUGGAAAUACUACCUCAUCCCAGGGAGAUAAAUUGACAUAAAUAAAAUUACUACUCUGUUUCUGUACUGUUUAAUUUCUUCCUUGAUGGGUUUAAUUGUAUCAGAAUCUUUGUGAAAGAACGUAUGAUUUUUAGUUUUUACACUAGUAAAUGGGGCUUUUUGUUCUCUCAGAAGAAAUACUCAAGGCAACACGCAAAUGCAUAAAUUCAAUCACACAGAAUUAAGUUAGCAUCUCCCAGUUUUCUCUGUGUAUACUGGUUAUAUUUCUCAUGUAAAUGAUGCCAACAUUCAAAAUUUUUAAUUUUCCAAUGUGGUACUCACUUAUCAAGGACUGCUAACUAUUAGGUUGUGCAGGGUCAGCCGAGAUAGGGUUAUUUUCUACAUUGCCAGGGCAGCUGACCGAGAGCUAGUCAAAGGUGGUAUCCAAUACCAUAUAAGGUCAUGCUCAGUUACAAAGGGGGCGGGUCUGCCCUCCCUCUUCCCUUUCCUCCUCCCCUCCCCCCUGCUCCCUUUCCUCCUUCUCCUCCCACUUCUUUCUCUUCCCUCCCUCGACCAGGGCGGUCUGGAACACUGAGGCAAGGUGGAGGCGGGCAACGGGGAGGUGGUUUCGGCGCGAGCUGCCGCUGCCACGUCAUCGGUUUGCGAUGAGAAUUUACAUCCAAGAAAUCUUAUCCCAGAGCUUUGUAGACUGUUUUAUGGUUUAGGCUGGGUAACAGGAACUGGUGGAGGAAUCAGCCUGAAACAUGGGAAUGAAAUUUACAUUGCUCCCUCAGGAGUCCAAAAGGAAAGAAUACAGAUCUGAGGAUAAAUAAAAUGAGAAGUGAAAGGAAUGUCUUCACUGAUGGAAACCUGGGAUUUUGCAGCAGUGCUCGCUGAAGAUGUUAACAAGGCAGAAGAUAUGUUUGUUUGUGACAUGAAUGAACAGCAUAUCAGUGGUCCUCCACCGCACAAGAAACUAAAGAAAAGCCAGUGCACACCUCUUUUUAUGAAUGCCUACACUAUGAGAGGGGCAGGCGCAGUGAUCCAUACUCAUUCUAAGGCUGCUGUUAUGGCUACCCUUCUUUACCCAGGGAGUGAGUUCAGUAUUACCCAUCAGGAGAUGAUAAAAGGAAUCCAGAAGUGUACUUCAGGAGGCUGUUACCGAUAUGAUGAUACACUAGUGGUUCCCAUUAUUGAGAAUACACCAGAAGAGAAGGAUCUCAAGGAAAGAAUGGCACGUGCAAUGGAAAAAUACCCGGACUCUUGUGCUGUAUUGGUCAGACGUCACGGAGUUUAUGUGUGGGGAGAAACAUGGGAAAAAGCCAAAACAAUGUGUGAGUGUUAUGAUUACUUGUUUGAUAUCGCAGUGCAGAUGAGACAGCACGGGCUAGAUCCUUCAAAACAUCCAGCAGGAGAAAACGGGAUCUUGUAAAUGACAACAACAUUUUUAUUCAGGUUUCUUUCAUGAGAUGGGAGUUCCAGAUUCCACCUCACAGUGUUAAAACCAGAAGGGGGUGCUGUUAUACUCGACUGAUUGACAGAUAUUGGCAGUCAGUUUUGAUUGUUAAACGCAUUCAAAAAGAAGAAUUAAAAGAACAAGGAAAUGCCAAACAAUCAUUGCUAUUUAUGAAUCCUGUCAAAUGCUACAGUAGGACGGAUGACAAUUCAGAUGCAAAAAAAGGAUUUUUAAAAAAGCUGUGGAGAACUAAUAUGAUGUUUUGUUUGCAUGCUUUAAAAAUUUCUAUUUCAACACCCUGCAUUUGUUGAUCCUGCUCUACUGGUACAUCAUAUAACUUUAUCUAGGUCUCCAUUUCUGAAAGUUAUAGUAGUAUAUAUUAGUAUAGUAUAGUAUAUAUUCCUGGGGGGGGAAGUGAGGAUGACCCCUUCUAAUUAUGUAUAAAGUUUAAAGCAUUGUUUGAACUGUUGAUUCAUUCAUGCUGUAUUAUUGGUUUUUUUAAUUAAGCCUUUAGUAUUUGUAUUUUUAAAUUCUCUUAGUUGUCAUUAAAAUUACUAGGAAACACAUAAUUUUAUGACAUGCAUUUGAAAGUUGUUACUGAGACUGCUAUGGGUCUUCUCUGUUUUAUCCCUCUUUUCAUUCAUUCACUUUCAGUAAGAUUUUGUUUAUUACAACCUAAAAGCAGCUUUUUAUGACCUGUGGUUAGCCAGCCUAAGGUAGAUUUAAUCAAAUUGCUUAUUAAAAUAUUGUCUCACGUAUUUAUGCAUUUUAGUGUCUUCUUUCAAAAUCUCCUGGAAUGGCCCCCCAUAUGUCUAAGCCUUGAUUGACUAACUUGCUGAUCGAAUAUUGAGACUCUAGUCCCAAGGGUGAAUUGAGACAGGGUAAGUGUUCUGGUUUCAGCUGGGAGAGAGUUAAUUUUCUUCCUAUUAGCUGGUAUAAUGUUGUGUUUUGAAUUUAGUAUGAAAAGGAUGUUGAUAAUACACUGAUGUUUUAGUUGUUGUUAAGCAGUCAAGGGCUUUUUAGAUUCUCAUAUUGGCCUGUCAGCAAGAAGGUGGAGAGGAGGUUGGGAGGAGAAGCAGGUGGGACAAUUGAUCAAAGGGAUACUCCAUGCCAUAUGACAUGGUGCUCCAUGUGUUAGCUGGGGGAACAAGAAGGAUGGGAGACAUUCGGAGUUACAGCAUUUGUCUUCCCAAGUAGCUGUUAUGCCUGAUGGGCCUCUGCUCUCCUGGAGACAGCUGAACACCUGUCUGCCUAUGGGAAAUAGUGAAUUAAUUCCUUUUUCUGCUUUGCUUAUGUGUGUGGCGUUUUCCUUUGUUAAUAAACUGUAUUUAUCUCAA